AUGACAAGAAAAAAGUCUGUACGUGUUCAGUAUGGACUCACCCAUUGUAGGCCCUUUGAUCCAGAGUUGUUUGAAUUUGCGGAUGUGGAACCCACAGAAGGAGGUGUGGAUUUGCAAGGCUACCAGCUGGAUAUGCAAAUACUACCUGACGGCCCAAAGAGUGAUGUGGAUUUUUCAGAGAUUCUUAAUGCAAUACAAGAAAUGGCCAAGGAUGUCAACAUUCUUUUUGAUGAAUUAGAAGCUGUCAACAGUCCUUGCAAAGAUGAUGAUUCUCUCCUUCACCCUGGAAACCUGACCAGUACUUCAGAUGAUGCUAGCAGAUUGGAAGCAGGGGGAGAGACGAUGCCAGAAAGAAACAAAUCAAAUGGACUUUACUUCAGAGAUGGAAAGUGUCGAAUUGACUACAUUCUUGUAUACAGAAAAUCCAACCCCCAGACCGAAAAGAGAGAAGUAUUUGAAAGAAAUAUUAGAGCAGAAGGAUUGCACAUGGAGAAAGAGUCCUCUCUAAUAAAUAGUGACAUUAUCUUUGUGAAGUUGCAUGCUCCAUGGGAAGUGCUUGGAAGAUAUGCAGAACAAAUGAAUGUAAGAAUGCCUUUCAGGAGAAAAAUCUAUUACCUGCCCCGCCGGUACAAGUUCAUGAGCAGGAUCGAUAAACAAAUAAGCAGUUUUCGGAGAUGGUUACCUAAGAAGCCAAUGAGGCUGGACAAGGAGACACUGCCAGACCUGGAGGAGAAUGACUGCUACACUGCCCCUUUCAGCCAGCAAAGGAUCCAUCACUUCAUCAUACACAACAAAGACACUUUCUUCAAUAACGCCACAAGAAGUAGAAUUGUACAUCAUAUUUUACAAAGAAUAAAGUAUGAAGAAGGAAAAAACAAAAUUGGUCUGAAUCGUUUGCUUACCAAUGGCUCCUAUGAAGCUGCAUUUCCUCUGCAUGAGGGAGGUUACAGAAGUAAGAACUCUAUUAGAACCCACGGAGCGGAAAACCACCGACACCUGCUCUAUGAGUGCUGGGCCUCCUGGGGCGUGUGGUAUAAAUACCAACCUUUGGAUCUUGUAAGGCGGUACUUUGGAGAGAAGAUUGGGUUGUAUUUUGCCUGGUUGGGCUGGUACACCGGCAUGCUCUUCCCAGCUGCCUUCAUUGGAUUGUUUGUCUUUUUGUACGGAGUCAUUACUCUGGAUCACUGCCAAGUCAGUAAAGAAGUCUGCCAAGCUACAGAUAUCAUCAUGUGUCCUGUGUGUGAUAAAUACUGUCCAUUCAUGAGGCUGUCAGACAGCUGCGUUUAUGCCAAGGUAACCCACCUCUUUGACAAUGGAGCCACUGUCUUCUUUGCUGUUUUCAUGGCAGUCUGGGCAACAGUUUUCCUGGAGUUUUGGAAAAGACGGCGAGCAGUAAUUGCUUAUGACUGGGAUUUGAUAGACUGGGAAGAAGAGGAGGAAGAAAUACGGCCCCAGUUUGAAGCCAAGUAUUCCAAGAAAGAACGGAUGAAUCCCAUUUCGGGAAAGCCAGAACCAUAUCAAGCAUUUGCAGAUAAAUGCAGCCGACUUGUCGUUUCUGCAUCUGGAAUAUUUUUUAUGAUCUGUGUGGUGAUCGCCGCUGUGUUUGGGAUCGUCAUUUACCGGGUGGUGACUGUCAGCACUUUUGCUGCCUUUAAGUGGGCGUUAAUCAGGAAUAACUCUCAGGUUGCAACCACAGGGACUGCUGUGUGCAUCAACUUCUGUAUCAUUAUGCUGCUGAAUGUGCUAUAUGAAAAAGUUGCACUGCUUCUGACGAAUUUAGAACAGCCUCGCACAGAGUCCGAGUGGGAGAACAGCUUCACCCUGAAAAUGUUUCUUUUUCAGUUUGUCAAUCUGAACAGCUCCACGUUUUACAUCGCGUUCUUCCUUGGAAGAUUUACAGGACACCCAGGUGCCUACUUGAGGCUGAUAAACCGGUGGAGACUAGAAGAGUGCCACCCUAGUGGAUGCCUUAUUGAUCUCUGUAUGCAAAUGGGUAUUAUAAUGGUGCUAAAGCAGACCUGGAAUAAUUUCAUGGAACUUGGCUAUCCGUUAAUUCAGAACUGGUGGACUAGAAGAAAAGUACGACAAGAACAUGGGCCUGAAAGGAGAAUCAGUUUCCCACAAUGGGAAAAGGACUACAACCUUCAGCCAAUGAAUGCCUACGGACUCUUUGAUGAAUACUUAGAAAUGAUUCUUCAGUUUGGAUUUACAACUAUCUUUGUGGCAGCUUUUCCUCUAGCACCACUUCUGGCCUUACUGAAUAACAUAAUUGAAAUUCGACUUGACGCUUACAAAUUUGUCACACAGUGGAGGCGACCGUUAGCUUCAAGGGCCAAAGACAUAGGAAUUUGGUACGGAAUUCUUGAAGGCAUUGGAAUUCUCUCUGUUAUUACAAAUGCAUUUGUCAUAGCGAUAACAUCCGACUUUAUCCCUCGCUUGGUGUACGCUUAUAAGUAUGGACCUUGUGCAGGCCAAGGAGAGGCUGGGCAAAAGUGCAUGGUUGGCUAUGUGAAUGCCAGCUUGUCUGUGUUUCGAAUUUCUGACUUUGAGAACCGAUCUGAACCUGAGUCUGACGGCAGUGAGUUCUCAGGGACUCCUCUCAAGUACUGCAGAUACCGAGAUUACCGUGACCCUCCUCAUUCACUGGUGCCCUAUGGCUACACACUGCAGUUCUGGCAUGUCCUAGCAGCCCGAUUGGCUUUUAUCAUUGUAUUUGAGCACCUCGUGUUUUGUAUAAAGCACCUCAUUUCAUAUCUGAUCCCAGACCUCCCAAAAGAUCUAAGGGAUCGAAUGAGAAGAGAGAAGUACUUGAUUCAGGAGAUGAUGUAUGAAGCAGAACUGGAGCGUCUCCAGAAGGAACGAAAGGAGAGGAAGAAAAAUGGAAAAGCACACCACAAUGAGUGGCCAUGA